UGGCAAUAAUUUUCUAAACCACUGAACGUAAAUAAAUGAAAUGACAGCGUUUUAACCGCGUGACGUGGGAAGUCGUCAUGAUGUGGGCGUGGCUUAGAAUUGUCAACAUCCCGGUGACAUAACUAGUAUCUCCAAAAUGGCGACGGGGGACCACAGAGAAGCAGGACAGGACGACCCAGAGAGCGAAGACGAGGUCUAUGAGGUGGUGGACCUCACAGAGUACGCCCGGAGGCACCAGUGGUGGAGCCGGGUGUUUGGGAACAACUCCGGGCCGAUUGCUGAGAAAUAUUCCGUGGCCACCCAGAUCAUGAUGGGAGGGGUGACUGGCUGGUGUGCUGGCUAUGUUUUCCAAAGAGUCGGGAAGAUAGCGGCGACUGCCAUUGGUGGAGGAUUCCUUCUUUUACAGAUUGCUAACCACAGUGGUUACGUGGAGGUGGACUGGAAAAAGGUGGAGAAGGACGUAAACAAAGCAAAAAAGCAUCUGAAGAAGAAAGCAAACAAAGCAGCCCCUGAAAUAAACACAUUCAUUGAGGAGGUAAAGGCCACAGAUUUUAUAAAGAGGAACAUCGUCCUGUCCAGCGGGUUUGUUGGCGGCUUCUUUUUGGGACUGGCAUCCUAAAGCUGCAGCUCACACAUUACCCUCCCAUCUACUGUGAAUCUCAUCUCUACAUUUAUCUCCAUAGUUUACCUCUUUGCCCCUUGCGUCUAUUGAAGUGAGAGUAGGGGUUCUGUUAAAUAUGUAAGCAUGAUCUGUUGUGACAGUGGCACUCCUGCUUUAUCCAAGUGUUUUCUUUUCUUUUAGAUUCUGAAAUUGACUGCUGUGGGUAUCAUUGUAAAUAUUUAAAUUCUCAUCAGAACUGUACAUAUUUCAUACACUAAGAGUGUCUCAACUAAUCCCAAGAAUUUACUUUUUUAUGUUGCUGGAAUAUUAGAAAAGUUAGUUUUCUCAAAGAAUUGUGUAUUUUCGCACCAAACAGCAUGAUCAAAAUGCUUUUUAAAUGACUGGAUGGUCAUCAACUGAACUGUAAUUAUGAUCAGACUGUAGAUCAAAAACAAAGUGAAAGUGUCUGGUUACUGAAAAGCAGCAACUUUGACUCAUAAGCCUCUUAUUGUAGUGGUUGAGAGUCCUUUAGCGUCUGUGUAGGAAUAACAGCGUUGUUACGUUGUUUAUAACAGUCAAACUCUACUCUUAAGUUGUUGAAUUUCCUUUUUGCCUUUUUUUGUAUAAGUGCAAUUAGCGAUAUCAUUAUUUGUUCCUGAAGAUGUUGCUAAAUCUUAGGCGGGUGUUUUUUGCUGUUUGUUUAUAUUUGACAUGAUUUUGAUAACCUUCUUUGUGUUUUAUUUGGGUCUUUUUGGAAUAAAUAUGCUUGAAUUUGUUGAAAGUCA